AUGCACUGGUUCUUAUUAUUGGUGUUUCAACACAUUUACCGCUCUCCUUUACUUUUAUCAGUAUAUAAAGGACUAAAAUACCUUGUUCACAUUACCACACAGACCUCUGAAAUAUACCGCUUAUGCAAUGUGAAUACGGGUGGAGAGAAACUUGCCUCUCCAUCCAUCGCCCUUCUCUACCGUCUCGAUCAGUCCAUCUUUUACUCAAAGCAACUCGUAGCAGAGAAAAGAGCCUUACAAGAACCCGACUGUGAUCUAGUCGCUGUCACAACCACCGUCAGUGCUAAAAAGUGUCUUUCACCUGCUGCCACCGAGAUAUUAGCGAUCGGUCUGGGUCGUAUUCAUCAAACCAACUGUGUGUUGUAUGGGGUAGAAAGACAAAUACAGACCAAAUAUGACAGGAACAAUACAGAACAUGAAGACAAGUUAAAGAUGUUAUGGAAUAAAAUGAAACCGGAUGAACCAUUAAAAAGUCGUCAUUCGAAACAAUGGGUGGAUAUUGGAUUUCAAGGCACCGAUCCAGCCACUGAUUUUCGAGGUAUGGGUAUGGGAGGACUGGAUGAUUUGUUGUAUUUUGUCACAAAUUACCCUCAACAUGCACACUCUGUAUUACAACAUGCCUCCCAUCCUGUCUCAUGGUAUCCUUAUGCCAUUGUAGGGAUCAAUCUUACCAAAUUCGCUUAUCAAUUAUUAGAGCGUAAACAACUCCAAAUGUUCUUAUUCGAGUACACAUCCUAUCAUGAGUUUUAUUGUUAUUUAUUCUAUCAUUUCAAUCAGUUCUGGAUAUCUCAUGAACCUGCUUUAACCGUCAUGGAUUUCGAACAAACGUUGGAUCAGUACAAGAAAAGGAUCGAAAGGGAUUUAUUUAGAAAAGUCGUGAAACCUCUUUCUUCAUAA